UCUUUAGAGAAGAGGUACAUUUCCACUAUUAGUGGAAUGAUGGAAAAUAAAAGAAAAAUAAACGGGAAAAAAUGUUCGAAAAAUAUAAGGAAAUAUUGCAGGGAGUAUUGUGAAUAUACCGGCAUACAUGGUCUUCGUUACUUUGGGGAAAAGAGAAGCAUGUUUGAAAAGAUUUGCUGGUUUGUGGUGUUUGUGACAAGUCUCAUGGUCUGUAUAGCAGUAAUUUAUAAGGUGUACAAGAAAUGGCAGUUUGCACCAAUCAUGGUUAACUUUUCCUCAGAUGAGAAGGAUAUCAACGAAAUACCGUUUCCUGCAGUAACAAUUUGCGGUGAAGUUCGGGUUUCCAAAGAGCAUUUCAACUAUUCUCAUGUCCUUAAGAACCUGGUGGAAAAGAAGGAGCUUAAGCCUACAGAAUUAAAACAUUUGCAGUAUAUGUCUCUCUUAUGUGCUGAGAAUAAGAUUUAUUGCCACGAGAUUCCAAACGUUACAACGAUUGAUGAAGAGUUUUAUACGUUUUUGGCUGAGGGUAAAACUCCAUUUUUUGAUUCCUGUGUAUGGAUGGGAAAAGAUUUUGAUUGUAAUAAUAUUUUUCGUCCUAUUGUAACUGAUGAGGGGCUAUGUUAUACGUUUAAUAUGCUGGAGCCAAAGGAUAUUUUCAAUGAUAUAUCUUUUAUACCAGAAUUUGACCACAAACCUGAAUACCCGACAUUUUCUCAUCAAUGGUCUGUUGACUAUGGUUAUGCGCCAGAUGCAGGAGUCGACACUUAUCCAAGACGUGCUCUGUUGGCUGGUUCUACAAAUUCUUUGGUUGUAAAUAUGUAUAUAAACCCUAAUGACAUUGACUAUGCUUGUACCAGUUUUCAAGGAUUUCAGAUAGUACUUCAUCAGGCAGUACGCUAUCCAUUGGUUCAAACGCAUUACUUUCGUGUUCCAAUGAGGAAAGCAAUUGUGGUAGCCAUUACACCCGUUCAGAUGAUAAGUUCAGAUGAUGUAAAGGAGUAUGUUCCCGAAAAAAGGGAAUGCUACAUGCAGGGUGAAAAAGAUCUAAAAUUUUUCAGCAACUAUUCCCAAAAUAAUUGCCAAUUGGAGUGUAUAUCUAAUUACACAAAGUUGAGAUGCGGGUGUGUUGCAUUUUAUAUGCCAAGAGAAACUAAUACGCCUAUUUGUGGAAACGGUAACCGUAACUGUAUGAAACAGGUUCGAAAUAGUUUAGAUUGGAGAAAAUUGCACUUGUCCAUUACAUCAGCUGGGAAUAAUUACAACGAAUGCGGAUGUUUGCCUAUGUGUACUAUGUUAGAUUAUGAAACGGAAAUUACUGAAAUUGAAUAUGACAGAUUUAAGGAAUACGAGGCCGUCGGUAUAUCAAAAAAUGGAAGUAAACAGGAGUACGCUUGGUCUCAACUCGUAAUUUACUUCAAGAAAGUCAACUUUAUUCCACACGUAAGAAGUGAAUUAUAUGGUCAUUUGGACUUUCUUUCAAACGUUGGUGGUUUGCUCGGUCUUUUCAUUGGAUUUUCGUUGCUUUCUCUAUUCGAGAUUAUUUAUUUCAUGACCAUUAGAAUAUUUUGUAACAUGAAACUUUUCAAACACUGGUCAGGCGACCAUAUACAGUAAUUGAAACUAUAUCUUUAAAACGGACGACGCAUUC